UUAGCUCUCUUGCGGUGCGCCUGACCGCAUAGUAUAUUUAUCCAACAUCGCAAAAUCCCAAACCCUAGAACCCCGAAAAAUUCAUUCUUUCUUCUUCGGAUUUCAAUUGAAGCGAAAAAAAGUAUGUCGGACAAAGAAAUGGACAGCGAAACCGAUGCUCCCGAGGAGUUUUCCGUUCAACAGGGGAUGCAACAAGACGAAGAGAUAACAAAAGUUCAAAGAGAACAUAAGGCCAGGGUAGUUCGCGAGAGUAAAGAACGCCGAAGACAGUGGGCCCAAAAGUUGACCCCAAAAUCGGUGCCCAAAGAAGAAAGCACGAAAGACGAACCGGAACCGGAAACAGAGGCACGAGAAGAAGGGCCGUCUAAGGGUAAUAACAACAAUGGAAUGCUACCAGAUGAUAUUGUAAAACUCCUUGCUGCUCGUGAGAAAAAAGUUUUCGCAUCGGAUUCUGAGGAUGAGAAAGACGAUGAUAAGACCGCCUCGAAAAAGAGGAGACUAAAGAAAUCUGGAUCGGGGCCUGUUAUUUUGAAGGAAAUACCAGCUCCACAAUGCGUACAAAAUUCACUGGAUUUUCUCGAGAAACGAAAAAUGCAGAUUCCGAGAUCUUCAGCAGUUUUGAAGAAUUCAAAGCAAGCACUGCGCCUUCUUUCGGCGUCUGGCUUGCUAAAGUAAGAACUCGUCAAAUUUUGCAAUUUUAACUUACUUCAGUCGAAGCGUGCACUUUAAUGAAAGCUUUACCGGAUCUUGAAUGAGAUAGAUACAAGCCUGUUGUAUGGAUUUUUAUUUGAACUUGUGAACUAAGAACUAAGAACUAUAUUCAAAUUGUCACAUUCUGAUCCCAAAACAAAAUUAAAAAAUCAAAUUGUCACAUUUUUUUUUUCCUUUUUUA